AGUCCUGCACUUGCAGAGGACCCAGUGUUGUUUGCAUCCGUUUGAACACGGCGUCCUUUUCCACCUGUGACCUAAAGAAUGAGCUGUUUCCAGAAGUUUACACAUCAGCUGCAACAGCUGAGGAGCUGUUGGUCUGAGGAGUCAUUCACUGAAGAUCAGCAGGGGAAGCAGGGGGGGUUUCCUUUGGUCCGGAAGGUGUUUUACGCCGUGGGUGGGAUCCCCUAUCAGAUGACGACAGCAGCCUUGAACAUUUCCCUGCAGAUUUUUCUUCUAGAUGUUGUUCAGAUGAAGGCUUUCUAUGUGUCCCUGAUCUUGUUUGUGAGUCGUGCGUGGGACGCCGUGACCGACCCUCUGGUGGGAUACCUGGUGAGCCGCAGUAAAUGGACGCCCAUUGGCAAGCUCACUCCCUGGCUGCUACUCUCCACGCCAUUUGGAGUCCUGUCGUACGUGCUCGUGUGGUCAGUGCCAGCGGGCUCCAUGUCUGAGGCUGGCGGCGUGCUGUGGCUCCUCGUCACCACCUGUCUGUUUGAAACGUUCAUGAGUUGCUACAACGUUCCAUACCUCUCUCUGAGCAUGUUUCUGGGUGCACCAAAGAAGGACAGAGACUCUGCCACUGCCUACAGAAUGAGCGUGGAGAUGAUGGCGAUGCUUCUGGCCUCAGCGAUUCAAGGACAAGUUGUGUCUGUGUACAACACAGAGAGGCAGAAGGCCUGCCAGCUCCAUGAAGCAGCUGAAAGCACAUCUGUGCCGCAGAGCGCCUCGCUCCAGGAAACGCAAAAGGCUUUCCUGACCUCAGCUGUGGUCAUGGGUGCUGUCUUCCUUCUCUGCAGCCUCGUGCUCUUCUUCGGGGUGAAGGAGCAGCGUGACCCUUUCUGCUCCGAGGACACAAUGCGACUGUCCUAUCUCACCUCGGUAAAGAUGCUGGCACGCCAUGUCCCGUACCAGCGGCUCGUUCUCGGCUUUGUCUUUAGUGUUUCGGCCUUUCAGAUGUCUUUGGGUAACUUUGCCCUGUUCUGCAGCCAUGCAGCUGGGCUGGGGGCCCAGUUCCAGCUCCUCCUGCUGGUCCUGCUGCUUUCUGCUUCAGUCGCAGUUCCCCUCUGGCAAGUGGUUCUUCUAAGAAUUGGGAAAAAAGCCACACUCUUCAUCGGACUAUCACUCUUCAUCCCUGCUGUGAUCAUAGUUGCCUCCAUCCCCGGUAACCUGCCAGUCUUCAUGACGAUGUGUGUUCUGAUGGGAUUCAGUGUGGCAACCAUGUUCUUGCUUCCCUGGUCGAUGCUCCCAGAUGUGGUGGACGACUUUACCUCUAAGCAUCCCUCCUGUAAAGACUUGGAGCCCGUGUUUUUUUCUGGUUAUGCGUUCUGCAGUAAGCUGUCUGGAGGCCUGUCUGCCGGACUCUCCACCAUGACUCUGCAGAUUGCAGGCUACAAAGCAGAGGCGUGUAACCAUGGAGACGGAGUCCUGACAGCUCUAAUUGUGCUGUUCUCACCAGUUCCCAUCACACUUUUGCUGAUAGGGAUGGUGAUAUUUCACACAUAUCCAAUCAAUGAGAAGCGGCGCGUACAGACUGAUGAGGAGCAGCUCCAUCCAGAACUUUCCUCAUCAAAUUCAAGAGAAGACUCUGAGCCACCAACAACCUUCCCUCAGUCUCAUGUCAGUUUCAUAUCAACAUCUCAUUCUGGUCCAGCCUUCACCAACAUCUGUCAGGCUGCUUCCUCAGCAGACUGUCAGAAGCCAUCGUCUUCCUCGACUGCAUUGAACAGCCCAGCUGGAGGAAGCUGCAGGUCUGCGUCAAACGUCGAGUCCAAAGUAUCUCCUCAGUGGCAUAAAAGUAAACCUUCAGGUGGAACUCAACGAGGAAGAAACCAGGAUAACGCUAGAUCUUUAUCUGGCAGGUCACAUGUGAGAGCCAAAGUAUCAUGGGUAUGAGAGAAGCUAUGCGGCAAAUAAAAUUGUUACUAGUAGUGAGCCUUUUAAAUUAAUACGUCUUUACUGAAUGUAUGAAAAUUCAGCAGAAGCUAAUUAUGUUAGCUUCUGGUUUUAGAGUCCAUGGAGUUUUUGUGUAUGGAUAAAUACUGUGAUACAUUUAGAAAUGAAGGUUGCUGCUGCAUGUUUCUAAAAAAAACAUUAUUUUUUUUUUAAAUAAAACAUUUGUACACUUAUUAAAAGCUUUUUAUCUUUAAACACUGAAAUGCACAUCACCUAAUAUAUGUGAAAAUCUCUGUACUUUUGAGGUUUUUUUAAAACUAGUUUUGGUAACUCUUUAGAUGAGAUGCUGCAAAACACUCAAAAUAAUGUUGACAAAGACAGUUAAUACAUUUGUUAAGCUUGUAAGCAGUUUAUUAAUUUGGCCUUUACACACAAUGUUCUCAUUUUAGAUGUUAAUGAAUCUUACAAGUAUGUUAACAAACCUUA